ACACACCCGCCGCGCGGCCAGGCCACCGGCCAGCCUCUCUCUCCCCUCUCUCUCUUUUCUUUUCCCUUUUUUUUUUCUCCUCCACUCUUUUCCUCGCCGCUCCUCCGCGCGGCUCCGGCCCGCUUUCCCUCCCGGCUCGAACCCGGCAGGAGGAGCCGCCCGGACCGACUCUCCGCCCGGAUCCUCCGACUUUCGGAGCCGCCGUGAUUCGCCACCCAAAGGCCCGAGCGGACAAACUUUCCGUUUUUUUUUUUUUUCCUCCCGGUUCAUUCCGCGGACUGGUGACGUCACCGCCGCCAAAGUCCGGAGCGAGCCUCCGCCGCCGCCGUUACACCGGAGCACCGCGACGUUAGCCCGCACCGGAACCGGAACCGCGGCUCCGCCGAGUGGACGGCCUGACCGCCUGUCUGUCUCUCUGUCUGUCUCUCUGUCUGUUUGUUUGUUUGUUUCGUUUAGUUUGUUCAGUUUGUUUGUUUAGUUUGUUCUGUGAGAAGAGAUGGGGCUUCUCUGACCGGACAGCGCGAGGCGUCACGAGAGUCACGUUUCCUGCAGUCAGGUAGAGGCCGGUGGGCGGAGCCUAGCGAUGGCGGGCGCGUCGGUCAAAGUGGCGGUGAGAGUGAGACCGUUCAACUCCAGAGAGACGGGACGCAACGCCAAGUGUGUGAUCCACAUGCAGGGCAGCACCACCAGUAUCUCCAACCCCAAACAGCCCAAAGAUGGAGCCAAGAACUUCACCUUUGACUAUUCCUACUGGUCACACACCACGGCGGACGACCCCAGCUUCGCCUCCCAGCAGCAGGUGUAUAAGGACAUCGGCGAGGAGAUGCUGCUGCACGCCUUUGAAGGAUACAACGUGUGUAUUUUCGCGUACGGUCAGACGGGGGCGGGGAAGAGCUACACCAUGAUGGGCAAACAGGAGCCGGGACAGGAGGGCAUCAUCCCACAGCUGUGUGAGGACUUGUUUCAGAGAACAGGAGGAAACACAGAUCCAGACCUGACCUACUCUGUGGAGGUGUCCUACAUGGAGAUCUACUGUGAGCGUGUGCGGGACCUGCUGAACCCCAAGUCGCAGGCGGCGCUGCGUGUGAGGGAGCACCCCAUCCUGGGCCCGUACGUGGAGGACCUGUCCAAACUGGCCGUGACCGGAUUCAGCGACAUCCAGGACCUGAUGGACGCCGGCAACAAGGCCCGGACGGUUGCAGCCACCAACAUGAACGAGACGUCGUCGAGGUCGCACGCCGUCUUCACCAUCGUCUUCACGCAGAAACGCCGCGACCAGAUGACCGGCCUGGACACCGAGAAGGUCAGUAAGAUCAGCCUGGUGGACCUGGCGGGAAGCGAGCGAGCCGACUCCUCGGGGGCCAAGGGCACCCGGCUGAAGGAGGGAGCAAACAUCAACAAGUCUCUGACCACGCUGGGGAAGGUGAUAUCAGCUCUGGCAGAGAUGCAGAGCAGCAAGAAGAGGAAAAGUGACUUCAUCCCGUACAGAGACUCUGUGCUCACCUGGCUGCUCAAGGAGAACCUCGGUGGAAACUCGCGCACGGCCAUGAUCGCUGCUCUCAGUCCUGCUGACAUCAACUAUGAAGAAACACUGAGCACUCUGAGGUACGCGGACCGGGCCAAGCAGAUCCGCUGUAACGCCAUCAUCAACGAGGAUCCCAACGCCAAACUGAUCCGAGAGCUGAAGGCUGAAGUGAACCGCCUCAGAGACCUGCUGUUCUCCCAGGGCCUGCAGGAGCUGCUGUCUGCCAACGAGAUGAACAGCAACAGCGCCGCUUGUGUCGGGGGCGGGGCCUCUGCCCUGGCGUCGCUGUCAGUCACAGCCAAUGGCGUCCCACUCCAGCAUAGCCCCGCCCCUCCAGGUUCUGAGCCGACCCGUGAAGGCGACGCGGCCGUCGACCCCGAUCACAUGAUCGAGGAUGGAGAGGAAGGGGAGGAGUCUGUCGCCACGGAGACCAUCAGUAAAGAGGAGGCCGCCGAGAGACUGCUGGAGACGGAGAAGAUCAUCGCUGAGCUGAACGAGACCUGGGAGGAGAAACUGAGAAAGACAGAAUCUAUUCGUCUGGAGAGAGAGGCCCUGCUGGCAGAGAUGGGUGUGUCCAUUAAAGAGGACGGAGGGACGCUGGGAGUUUUCUCCCCUAAAGGAACGCCUCACCUGGUCAACCUGAACGAAGACCCUCUGAUGUCCGAGUGCCUCCUCUACUACAUCAAGGAGGGAGUGACCAGGGUGGGGCAGCAGGACGUGGACAUCAAGCUGUCCGGUCAGUUCAUAAAGGAGAUCCACUGUGUGUUUGUCAGUGAGACCAACGAGCAAGGAGAGGUGGUGGUGACUCUGGAGCCGUUGGUCGGGGCAGAGACGUACGUUAACGGGAAACAGAUCACAGAGUCUGUCGUCCUCAAGCAAGGCAACCGCAUCGUGAUGGGGAAGAGCCACGUGUUCCGCUUCACGCACCCCGAGCAGGCGCGGCUGGAGCGCGAGCGCAACGCCACGGCGGAGCAGCAGGGGGAGCCGGAGGACUGGAACUACGCCCAGAGGGAGCUGCUGGAGAAACAGGGCAUCGACAUCAAGCUGGAGAUGGAGAAGAGGCUGCAGGACAUGGAGUCUCAGUACCGCAAAGAGAAGGAGGAGGCCGACCUGCUGCUGGAGCAACACAGACUGUAUGCAGACAGUGACAGCGGUGACGACUCAGACAAGCGUUCCUGUGAGGAGAGCUGGAGGCUGAUCUCAUCGCUCAGAGAGAAGCUGCCUGCCAACAAGGUGCAGUCCAUAGUGAAGCGCUGCGGGCUGCCCAGCAGUGGGAAGCGGCGCGAGCCUCUCAGAGUUUAUCAGAUUCCUCAGAGGAGGAGAAUCAGCAAAGACCCAAAACGAGUGACCAUGGACGACCUGCGCAUGCAGGCGGUCAAGGAGAUCUGCUACGAGGUGGCGCUGGGCGACUUCCGGCACUCGCGGCAGGAGAUCGAGGCGCUGUCCAUCGUCAAGAUGAAGGAGCUGUGCCGCAUGUACGCCAAGAAGGACCCGGGCGAGCGCGAGAGCUGGAGGGCCGUGGCCCAGGACGUGUGCGACACCGUGGGCAUCGGCGAGGAGAGGAGCCCCCCCGGCGAGGAGGGAGGGGGGGGCGGAGGGGGCGGGGCGGGGGAAGGGGGCGAGGGAGGAGAGAAGAGGGGCGUGUACGACCUGAAGGCUCACAUCGACAAGCUGACUGACAUCCUGCAGGAAGUGAAGCUGCAGAACAACAUGAAGGACGAGGAGAUCAAAGCCCUGAGAGACAGGAUGGUCAAGAUGGAGAGCAUCAUCCCUGUGCAGGACGACGACAUGAACGGUGAGGGCCUCCCGCAGGAAGGGGGCGGGGCCGGCGAGGGCUCGGACCACCUGGAGGAGCGGGUGACCCGCCUGAUGGAGGAGGACCCGGCCUUCAGGAGAGGGCGCCUCCGCUGGCUGAAGCAGGAACAGCAGCGAAUCCUCAACCUGCAGCAGCAGAACAUCACCAAGAAGCUGAGAGGACAAACCCAAGGUCAGAACUCGCCGAUGGUUCCCGUCCACCUGCCCGGCACCGGCCGCUUCAUCCCUCCGCAGGACUGCAAGCUCAAGUUCCCCUUCAAGAGUAACCCCGCCCACCGGCUGUCCUGGGGCCCCGCCAGCGCCGCCCUGCUGGGCCUGGGCCUGGGCGAGGGGGGCGGGGCCGAGGGGGCGGAGCCAAAGGAGGAAGGGGAAGGAGGAGGAGGAGGAGGAGCGGAGAGUAAAAGCUCUCCGUCCCCCCCUCCUGCCCCUCCCGCUCAGGGCCAGUCUCCGCCCCUGCUGCCCCUCCCGUUCCAGGCCCCGCCCCCCCGCAUGCGCACGCCCAGCCCGCACCGCGCCUGGCAACAGCGUAACCCGGGCAACCAGGGCAACUACCACCAGCAGGGCGGCAACCAGCAGCACCAGCAGCGGCGCUACCGGCGCAACUCUCUGGACAGCUCCACCCACGGCAACGGUCACCAGGGCAACGGGCAACACUACGGCAACCAGGGAGGCGGUCACCAGGGGCGACCGAGAUACAGGAGGGGGGCGUCGCCGGGGCCGGGCGUGGAGCGAGGAGGAGGGGGAGGGGGGGAGGGAGGGAGAGGAGGAGGACGAGGGGGAGGAGGGAGAGACGGAGGCUUCCACUACAACCACCACCAGUACCACCACCACCCCUACUACAACCCCCACAAUGCACCAUUCCAGCCGGGACCGCCCCACCCCAACUACCACAGCCUGCCGCGCUCCGGGGCCCCGCCCCCGGGCGGCAUGCUGCUGGGGGCGGGGCCACAGCAGGGGGGGUGGGGCUUCACCACCCCGCCCAGGAUGAGACGCCAGUUCAGCGCACCGGACCUCAAAAACAACAACAACAACAACAACAACAACAACAACAAGGAGACCCCCGUCUGACCUUUGACCUCUGAGCCCUGAACUCUGACCCGGGCCUCUGUCACACGGAGGGUUCUGAUUGGCUGGAAACGGCGUCAAAGACGUUGGGUUGUUACAGAUGCUGUAGUUAGGCUGUGUGUGUGUGUGUGUGUGUGUGUGUGUGUGUGUGUGUGUUUCAGCACUUUUGCUUAACGCACAACCAAUAAUGAGUGGGCUUGUUGUUGUUUUUUUGUUUGUUUGUUUGUUUGUUUUUUGUCAGUCACACACAAAUAACUUCACACAUGCUGUAUCCUCAGUCCUGCUGUGUGUGUGUGUGUGUGUGUGUGUGUGUGUGUGUGUGUGUUGGCUUGCUCAUAACUCUCUCAUGUUAGCGCUGGUUAGCCGGUGUCGCCAUGCUGUUGAAAGUUUUAGCUAACAUGGAUUCUGUUUUACUGUAGGACUGUUUUUGUUUUUGUUUUUGUUUUUGUUUUUGUUUUUGUUUGAUUUUGUCGGCUUGCCCACUUUAUUGAUCACUGAUAAUCUGGUUUGAUCAUGUUGAACUUGGUGCCUUAAAUCAGAGGCUAUCAGCCACUAGCCUGCUAGCUCGCUGGCUCGCUGCAGCGUUAGCUUCGGAGCUAGCCGCUGUUAGCUUGAAGCAGCCGUUUGUGGUUUGACUUGAAAGUGAAGCAGACAGGAUGUUUACGGAGCCGGAGGGGGCGGGGCUUAAUCACAGCCGGCUGCAGUUUCACUGUGUUAGCCGCAGUUAGCCCGGCCGGCUAACUAGCCUGUUUUAACGGAAAAGAAAGAACCUGUUAGCUUGGGCUAGCCCGUUAGCCUGAGCAGGGAGCAUAGGGCUAGUUAGCGAUGACGCCGGACACGCUAGCCUGAGUUAGCUUGUUUUUCGGGCUGUCGCUAACCGCUCCGCACGUCCUGUCCGAGCCGCACUGAGCAUGUGCAGCUUCGACGAAGAUCAGAGGGAAGCGAGACUCUUCACUCGUUAGCUGCUUCCAACGCUCUAAACGCCGCGUCGAAGCUCGUUUGUGUUUCCUGUUUGCAUUUUACCAAAGAGGCUGCAGGAGGAGGGAAGACGCUAACGCUAAUGCUAACGCUAACGAUAGCUCCGCCCACUGCAGGCGUGAAGCCGUAAUCAAACAGGAAACGGCUCGGCUCGAUCUGGCCGUGCAGAGCCGGCCGGCCAAUCGGGCGCGGCGCUCUGAGCGCGUGCGUGACCCCGCAGGUCCUCACGGAUCCUCCGCCGGAAGCAGGUGACGAGUGAGACCUCCCGCUUCCUCCCACGUCUCUGUCGAGCCGCCGCACGCGCUCAGUGCGGGCCGGGCCGGCCGACCGCUACAAGCCAAAGAGCGCUGCCUGUGGCGCCCCCUGGUGUCCGGGAGGCCCCAGGGCACACAGACACUCAUGUAAAUAGACAGAAAGACAGACAGACAGACAGAGAGAGAGAGUGAGACAGGUGGCAGAGAGAGAGACGGCUGUCUGACCAGCAUGUGGACUUGAAUAAUGAAUCUAAUGUUGUGUUUUCUGCUCUGUGUGUAUAUUUGAAGUGUAUUUUCUUCUGAGCGUUUUGUUGCGACAGGAAGACGACUCCUGUCCUGAGAGGCUAUGACCCCGCCCCCGUCGCGUGACCCCGCCCCCGUCAUGUGACCCGGGGGGGAGGUGGGCGGGGUUUACCGAUAAGAACAUAUGCUGGGAUUUUGUUUCUUUUUGUUUUCUUGUAAUCAUGGGAAAUGUAGGACGUGACGCGGAGACGACGAGGAGCCCCGCCUUAAAGACACGCAGGGAUGAGGAAGUGUGAGGAAUCAUGGGAGAUGUAGGCACAUGUGAGCAAGCGAGAGCGGUGAGGACGAGAGAGGAUGAGGAGAGAGAGGAUGAGGCGUUCAAAGUCGUGAUUUGACACGACAGUUUCCUCGGAAAUACCGAGAUCAAGGAAGAGAAAGGAAGGAAGGAAGGAAGGAAGGGAGUGUGAGAUUCAGCGUUCCUCCUGUAAGGAUCGGACACGACGGCGCCUCCUGUCUGCACGAGGAGGCAUCAGACGCUGCCUCCGCCUGCAGGGGGCGGCGGCGAGCAGCACAGCAGAGUCACACAGGUUCAGCUUUUUGGGCUUUUCUGCAGCAAACGGGCGGCUCGGUUGGCGCCGUCUGCAAAUUGAAAUUGGUCGUUUUCCUCGUUUCAUACGCUUCCUACCAAAGAUGCCGUUCAAUCAAUCAGUCAGUCAAUCAAUAAGCACACAACCGAAGCAGUAAAUCAGCUCGUCAAUACAAACGUAGGAAGGCUGAAGGAGGAACAUUUGGGAAGUUUGGACCCUUUAAGAAGGAAAACCAGCUGAUCAGUCCAGUGACCGAUCAAUAUCUGGGAUCAAAGGGACUGAUCAGUUUACAGGAUUCACUCUGCUCCAUGUGGCAGCUGCUCGACGCCGCCCCCCGGUGGACACAACACUGAAGUGCGCCGUGUUUUUUUUUUUUUUUUCCGGCUGGUGAACGCGACUCGGGUUUUAAAUGUGCGCAGGCCGCGGCGCUGCCUUCCAGACACCUUGGAAAGUCGGAAAUUCUGGCGUCCUACUGGUAGAAACCAGCGCUGGGAGUCAGAACUGCGUCGCGUCGCCUUCGUGAUCCUCAAAAUACACUUAAAAAAAAAAAAAAAAAAAAAAAAACGCUCGCUAACAGUAACUGUUAGUGUGCUGGGUCACGUUUUUCCAGCUGGGAAUCUCUGAUUUCCGACGUCAGACAGAACGCACCGCCAGUUUUUACUUCCUGGUAGCCAAACAUGUUUACUUCCUGGGUUUGCAGGUGUUGCUUAGCAACAUGAGACCAGUAGGAAAUCAGUCAGGAAGUGUUGGGAGCUAAUGCCAGGCCUCUGUCAGACAGAGGGCUGUGGACGGCCCCAGACCCUGCGCCGGACGGAGCAGGGCAUUGUGGGAAAUGACGAGUGGAGUCUCUUUGCACUCCGUGAAGCUAACCAAUGGGAGCGCUCCCUCCAGUCGGGGAGGGAGGCGCCGCGAUGACAAAAGACACAGGAAGUGGUUCUGAUUGGCCGGUAGAGACGCUUGGCGGCGCCGGCGGGACGUUCCCGCGCCGCCCUCUCUCUGGACUCGACCAAUCACAGGACAAUCUGAGAAUUUACUGCCGCUGCCGGGCUUUACAAAUAAAAAAGGAGAAGAAGAAGAAGAAGAAGAUGUUUCUGGUUUUUAAUUUUUCUGAUUUCGUUUUUAUUUUUAUUUAAUAUUUUCUUUCAUUUCCAGCUUGUGCCUUUGAUUGGCUGUUUUUUUUUUUAAAGAGUGUAUCCAUCUGCUUCCUGUUUGAGUAUUCUAACCCCGCCUACCUGUUCUAUGUUUGCUUUGUGAUGUCAUCACAUCAUCGUCAUUAUGAUUAUUAUUAUAACAGUAUAUCAUAGUAAUAUUCUGCCGUUUGGCCCCUCCUGUAUGUGAUGCUGCUAAAGGGAGCUUUGUUUUGCCCUCAUGCUAACUGCUUGUGUGUGUGUGCAUGUGUGUGUGUGUGUGUGUGUGCGCGCGUGCGUGUGUGUGUGUGUGUGUGUGUGUGUGUGUGUGUGUGUGGUUACAGGUGUUUCUGGGUUAAUUAAGACGCUCAUGUUUAUGUAUAGCCUCUUUUCACUUUGAUGUUUUUUCCUGGGUUUUUAAUCGCCCGUUUAGUCGGUUGUUGUUUUGGAGGUUUGAAGAGGUGGGGGUCUCCGUCGCCAUGGCAACCAGAUUCCGCAGGAUUCCAGGGCUAGUGGUCGGCCUCGGCCCCGCCCCCCCCCGACCUCAUGCUCCAAUCAGAACCUCAGAAUCCAGGCUGAGGAUUCCGAACGUUUUUUUGUUUUUGUUUUGUUUUUCCUGAAACAACUCAACAGGACACUAUGGGUUGCCGUAGUAACCACAGGAACAUUGAACACAAGCGGUUACCACAGUAACAUGAAGUUAACACUGACAAUGAUAACUGUGUUGUCGUGGAGCCGGCGCCCUCGGCUGGUCACACGAUGACCUCGCAUCUUGGCCACGCCCUCUUUUUUCUGUUUCAUUUGUGUUUGUUUGUUUUGAUUUUCUUUUCUUUUCUUUUUGUUUUGAUGUCUGUGUCCAUGGCUGCAUCGGGCUGUUCUGUCUGUUGUUGUUGUUGUUGUUGUUGUUGUUGUUGUUGUUGUUGUUGUAUCAGGACCCGAUCUCAGGCUCUACCUGGAGACAACAUGAUGGCAAUAAACCUGUCAACAAGAACACA